UAAAUAUACAAUAGAUAAAAUUGACUUCAUUCAUUAUCUAGUUGAGCAAAAAAGCAAAUGAUGUAUUAAACGGAUCUAAAAAGAUAUUAAUUUCUUAUUCUCAAAAUAGAACGGGAUUUGUAAAAGCUGGGUCUAUGGUGAAUAAUAGUAGAAAUAAUUCAACUACGACUACUACUACUACUACUUCUUCUUCUUCUACAACUCCUAAUAGACGAAGACUACCGAAUGCAUCCAAUAAUAGAACUCAAAGAGCUACUCUAGCAAAAGAAAAUAUAAAUAGGAAUAAUGGAAGAACUGAAUUAAAUAGCUCAAUUACAACGGUAACCAAGACAACAACAACUACUACUACGAAUAAAGUGCCUGAAGAUGAAACUACGAUACAAUGUUACCAAGAAUUGAAAAAGAUAAGAAAUCAACUUAUGUCUAAGCAUAAUAUUCGAAGUCCAGGAAGUAUAUUAUCUGAUAGUGUUUUAAAGAAAGUUGCCAAAGCUUUACCAUUAACUGCUCGUGAGUUUCAACUAGUUACUUCUAUGCAAUCUGAAGUAUAUCCUGCCUUUGGAGAACCAUUCUUAGAAGUAUCUUUAAAAUAUUAUAAUGCAAAAAAUACCAUAUCUGGAUAAUACAUAGAAGCCUGUUUGUUUGUUUUUUAUUAUUAUUAUCACUAUUAUUUAUUUAUUAUUAUUUACAUUAGACGCACUUUUAUUAUAAAUUCGAACUGUCAAUAAAAAUUGUUUAUUCUAGAGGAGAGAGAGAGAAAGAGGGUGUGUUGUAUCUAAGCACCGUCACACACAAAACCAAUAAAACAAAAUCAGCAAAGUAUUUUUUUUUUUUUUAUUCUUUUUCUUUUUUUAGAUGCACCAUUUUUUUGUUUAAUAAAUAACGUAUAUAAAAAGUGCAGAUUAAAGUGAAUAGAUCGAGAUAUCAA